AUGUCGGGCCGGAAUAUCGCAGAACUGGGCGACGAGAUCUCGAGCCUCACUAAGAAGACUGCAAAAGACUUUCAAACACAGGGCAAAAAAAUCCCGUCUAAUCAUGAUAUCUCAGCUACCGGGACAGAGCCUAUAGUAGAUGGAGAGUCAGCAUUAAAAUUGGCCGAAGCAGCAAGAGAGCUCGAAGCUCUCGUCUUGGGCCCGCAUCAAACCUUGGGUCUGAUGGGCCUUUCCGUGCACGAUGCCUCAAGCCUCGGCGUCAUAGCCGAGUUCGACAUCGCCAGCCUUGUGCCCCUCGACGGCUCCGCUACAUUCGCAGAGCUCGCAGAGGCGACCGGACUGGAUGAGGACAGGCUGACCCGCAUCCUACGGUACGGAACAACAAAUUUCAUUUUCCGCGAGAACCCAGCCGGCCACAUCCGCCACACCACCCUUUCAGCCCACCUCGCCCGCUCGCCCCCCACCGUCGCCUUCCAGCGCACCCUAGCCAGAGUCUUCAACCCAGCCAACGCGAGCCUCCCCGCCGCGCUACGCGCCCACCCGGCCACGGCGUCCCUGACGCAGACGGCCCACAACAUCGCGCGCGGCACGGACGCGCCCUUCUACUCCUGGCUGGACGAUGCUGCUGCAGCGGGCGACCUGCGCAAGGUCUUCGACGUUGGUAUGGAGGGCAUCAGCCGCGGCGGCCAGCGCCUGCAGGACACGGACCUGCGCGCGUAUCCGUGGGCGGACCUCGGCGCGGGAGCGGUGGUCGUGGACGUGGGCGGGUCGCGGGGCCACUUCGCGCGGGACCUCGGGGAGCUGAACCCUUCUUUCAAGCUUGUUGUCCAGGACCUGCCGCGGGUGGUGGAGGGGCUGACGGAGGAGUUUGCUAACGGUGGUGAUGGCGAUGAUGGCAAUGUGGUGACGUACCAGGCGCACGACUUCUUCGACGUCCAGCCUGUUGGUGGCGCGGAUGUGUAUUUCCUGCGUCAUGUAUUCCACAACCACCCAGACGCGGAGUGCGUUGCGAUAUUAAAGGCGCUGCUCCCUGCGCUCAAGGUGGGGAGUAGAGUGCUUGUCAGUGAGUAUGUUGUGCCUCCUUCUGAGGACCUUGAUGCGGGGCUUGGUACCAAGGCAAUGAGGCAGAUGGACCUGAUGACCAUGGCGCUCUUCAAUGCGAAGGAGCGGACCAGGGAUGAGUACGCAGCGCUUUUUGGGAGGGCGAGCGAGAGGCUUGUCUUGGAGGGGACAUACCAGGUGCCUGACGACCCGAGGAGUUGUAUUUUUGAGGCGAUUUAUAAGGGCUGA